AUCAAACAAUACCAUGGAAAAGCGAAUUUUGUUGGAGAAAAGGGGCCGCUCGGACGACGAGAUCACAGAACUUAUUCUGGACAACUGUCGGAGUACAAACAUCGAGGGUUUAACAGACAGCUUUACCGCGCUAGAAACGCUCAGUCUCAUCAACGUUGGGUUGGUGUCGUUGAAAAACUUCCCCAAACUAUCUAACCUGCGCAAGCUGGAACUCUCGGACAACAGAAUAUCGAACGGUUUGAGCCAUCUUAUGGGCAGCCCGAAGCUAACACAUCUUAACCUGUCCGGCAAUCGCAUCAAGGAUUUUGACGAGCUGCAGCCAUUGAAAGAUUUAAAAAAUCUGGAAGUGUUGGACCUGUUCAACAAUCAGGUGACGCUGAUUGAAAACUAUCGCGACAAGUUGUUUGAACUCAUUCCAUCAUUAAUCUAUCUCGAUGGAUUCGACAAAGACUACGUGGAGGCGCCUUCAGACGAAGAAGAUAUGGCUGAUGACGAUGACUUCAGCCAACCACAACAACCUUCACAGUUCUCCAUCAAUGGUAUCGAAAUUGAUCUUGAUGAACUGGAGCAGUUUGAGGCGAAGAUACGCCAGAAACGAUCGAAGGAACAAUUGGGGCAACAGACGACAACGAAUGCAAUUGAUCUGCAGCAGGAGGGACAUCUCGUCGGACACAUAGACACGAAUCCUGCUGCGGUCGCUGGCUGCUCCUCUUCUUCUGCACAGGAAAAUGGCAAAGAUGAUCUAGAUUUGCUGUACGAAGAGAUACAACAUAAACAGGCUCUAGCGCGUGCAAAUGAAGAGGAGGAACAGCAGGGUCGCAGAACGAUGGUUUCGUUUUUGUCGGUAUUGCUUAUGUUUACCACCCUGUUGGCAUUUAUCAAUCACAUAUGCUACAGGGGAGAAAAUCAACUGUUGGACCAGGCUCCUAUUGUGGAGGAUGAUGAUGAGGAUGUGGAAGAGGAGGAGAAUAAAGCGGAUCAAAAGGACGAGUGGUCCUUGAGCAAUGGCUGUGUUGAUGGUGGCAAUGCCAACAGUUCAGCGGUGACAGAUGAUGAUCUGUCUGUUUCCUCCGGUUUCUAUCGCAUUCACUUUCGUUCUAUGGGCUCGACAUCGGAAGAGGUGGAGGGAGAAGAUUCGUGCGAAGAAUCGGAUGACGUCUCGCUAGCAUACCUGUACAACGACAACCUCGAGGAAGAUCAGGAGGAUUGGAAGAGCGUUGAGAGUGAUUACAACAAUGCAGACGAAGAGUUCGACACCGAAGACGAGGAGGAGGAAGAUGGUGCUGAGAACAAUGACGAGGGCGAAGAUGGUGGAGACAGUGAUGGCGAGGGCGAAGAAGAGGAAGAUGGCGAAGGUGAGGAGGAAGUGGAUGGUGCGGACGAGGAAGGUAAUGAGAAUGGUACCGAAGAAACAAAGGCAGCAGUGGCAGCAUCAGAAACAGCAGCAGAAGCACCAGCAGCAGAAGCGUCCUCGAUUAAGGAAGAAACCGACGACACCACGACGGAGGUAAAGAAAUUGUCGACAGCAGAGGACGCAGAAGUUGCAACAAGUGCCGAUGGUGAUGAGAGUGAAGCUGUUAAGAAAGGUAGUUACAUUUACGAAACGUCCGGGGAAAUGUAG